AUGAACAGUGUAGUUUUGAUGAUUGGUAUUUUAAUAUCAGUGAACAAUGGUUUAACAUCUAAUAUAUUAGCCUUUUUACCAAGCAAAGCACGCAGCCACUAUGGAGCGUUUGAGCCGUUGUUAAAAGAAUUAGCAGAAAAAGGUCAUAACAUGACUGUUUUAUCACCAUUCCCUAUGAAAAAUCCACCAUCAUCUUACCAUCAUAUUCAAGUCGAGGAUGAAGAUCUCGUAAUGGGUUUCAAUCCAUUCAGUGUAGCUAAAAAUUUCAAACCAAUUUUAGUUCCAUUCAGAUCUUGGUUUAUUUGGCCAAAAUUUACAGAAACAAUAUUAAACAAACCAUCUGUUCAGAAAUUGAUUCAUUCAGAAGGACUUAAUUUUGAUUUAGUUUUAUUCGAAAAUUUUUAUCACGAGUGUUUUGUAGCUCUUGGGCAUAAAUUCAAUGCACCUGUUGUACAAUUAUUUCCAUCUAUUCCGAAUGCUGGUGUAGCACAAUGGCAUCGUAAUCCAUAUGAUGGAUCAUAUAUUCCAGAUGUCAACUCUGGAUUCUGUGACAAUAUGUCUUUCAUGGAACGUUUGACAAAUACCGUAUUAUCAUUUAUGCAUACAGCUUUAGGUUCAUUUUUCUACUUUCCAAAGCAAAGGGAUUUAAUGGAUAAAUAUUUCAACUAUACUGGUUGGGAAACACGACCGUCAAUGGAGAACAUGCUAAAAAAUAUUUCACUGACAUUGAUUAACACACACUUUUCUGUUGGAACAUCAAGACCUCUUGUCCCUUCAUACAUAGAUGUAGCUGGAAUGCACCUCAAACCUGCAUCUUCACUCCCAGAAGAUCUUCAGGAUAUUAUGAAUAACGCUCCUGAUGGAGUCGUAUACUUCAGUUUUGGUUCAGUACUCAAACUAACACAAUUACCCGAAAAUGAAUUUAAAAUUAUUAUUAGACAACUUGGCAAGAUUAAACCAAAAGUAUUAUUUAAGUGGGAAUCAGAUACUAAAAUAGACUUUCCGCCAAAUAUAAUCGUUAGAAAAUGGUUUCCACAAGUUGAUAUUUUAGGCCAUCCUAAUUGUGUAUUAUUUAUUACUCAUGGAGGCAUACACAGUACUGAAGAAGCUAUAUAUUUUGGAGUGCCAAUGUUAGCUAUAUCAGUGUUUGGAGAUCAGUUACAUAACUCAUUAGUAAUGCAGAAUAGAGGUGCUGCAAUUCGAAUUAAAUACAGUGAAUUUACUGAAGAUUUAUUUGAAAUAGCUUUAUAUAAAAUAUUGAAUGACAAAUCGUUUAAACAAAAAGCAACAGAACUAUCACAAACAUUUCAUGAUCAACCAUUAAAAUCAUUAAAUAAAGCUAUUUACUGGAUUGAGUAUGUACUACGGUACAAUGGGGCUCAUCAUUUGAAAACAGCUGCUGGCCAAUUGACUUGUUCAGUCAAAUCUCAAAAUGGCAGAGCUGACAAACAUGUUUCGAAAUGCCAGCCCAUAACUUGCAUAUAGAAAACUUAUAAUUUAUAUCGUAGCUUAAAUUUUAAGCUCUAUAGGUGCUUUAAUGCACCUAUAGAAUGUUAUUUGACUGUAUAUUGAAAUAUACAAUUUAAGUUUAUAAAUAGAAAUACUUAAGACUUUAAAAUUGUUAAAUUUUUCUCUCAUUAGAUCUAAGCUUGAAUUUGAUCCUCUAAUUAUACUGCCUCUAUUGAUCUAUAAGAAAGUGUCCAUUAUAAGUAUACUACAUCUAUAUUUUUCAAAUUAAAUAUUGCUCUAUCUAUAGUCCAUUCCCAAUAAGAUCAGCUUUCGGCAGCUGAGUUGUGCGCAUGGAUGUGGCUUCCUCCGCUGGUAGAGCUGCAGUCAAACAACUACUAGGUGAAGGAGCCUGACGAAAACUGGUCGCCAUGCAAGGCUGAUCUCAUUUGGAAUAGACUAUAGGGACUCAUAUAUUCUGCAAUAUACCCAGCUAGGUAUUACAUCUUUUGAACUUAAAAGAAAAUUCAGCGAUCUAAUGUUUUUAUAUGAUUUACUUAAUGGUAUCGUAGAUUGCCCUGAGUUAAUAUCAAUGGUUGGCCUUUAUACGAGUCAGAUCGACUUCAGGUUAAAUAAAUUAUUUUUUGUACAAUUUUUUACCUCUAAUUAUAGCUCAGCAUCAUAUUUUACACGAGUAUUAAUGUAAACAAAUAAAAUAGUAAACUUUGUUGAUUUUUUCUUUUUAUCUUGUGAAGUUUUUAAAUCAAAUUUUUAUUAUGGCUUAAUACUAC